AACUGGUGAAGCUUUUUGAUAACAUCGCCAAAGUAAUAGAUUCUCGAAUGAGAGGAAUAGAUAAGGUACCAUCAUCAAAGGCAAGCACGGAUAGAGUCACCUCAUCGGCAUUGAUUCCUGGUUCUAAAGAGGAACUGUAUAUCAAAGCAUAUUUUGAGCAUGUCCAUCCAAUCUAUCCCUUUCUAGACCAGGAAGCGUUCCAGACCAGAGCGUCAAGUUUGCAGCACUCCCAGGUCCCGACUGAUAAAGCCUGGCCUGCCUUGUAUCAUGCUGUCUUGGCUCUCGGCUGCCAAUACCAUGAUGGAGGAAGCUUUGAGCCGUGGAGAGGAGAGGCUUGGAGAUACUUUGAGGUAUCUCUAUCUUUGGCUCCGGAUCUCCUCAUAAUAAAACCUUCAUUGAUGACUGUGCAAGCAUUUACGGCAAUGGCUGUGUUCUCCCUAACCAUCUCAUGUAUGCAGAUUGAAGCAACGAUGGUCUCCGAAGGUGCCAAAAUGGCUCAGGCUCUCCGGUUGAAUAAAGUCAAGGACGAUAUAACGUCUGCGCGUACUUUUUGGGUUCUUUAUUGGAUGGAGAAAACAAGUUGCUUCUAUGGCGGAAGAGGAUCUGUUCUAAUGGAUUCCGACGUUGGUUGUCCUAUUCCCCAUCUGCCCGAGACAAUUCUCGACGGGUUCAAUUGGUUUCUAGCGUUUUGCAGAUACGCACGAUUACUGUCCAAGAUGUACGAAUUCCUCUUCACAGUCAACGCAAACGUCAACACACCAGCCUUGUAUUGGAUAACCAUCGAUCAUCUGAAAGAAGAAUUAGAGAGAUGGCGUCUAUCGAUACCACCGCCCUUCCGACCAGGCGAUGCCUUCAGAACAAGAGAGCUAUCUGGCUCUAUGGCCAUGUCCAUUGCCUUACGACUGCAUUUCUCGUAUCACAACGCAUUACUAGCAUUCUCUAGGGUAACUUUCCACGUAGGUGCAGAUGAGCCACCUAGUUCAGAGCGGAUGCGGGAGAGCAAAACGUGCAUGAUCAAAUCCGCACGCUGCAUUCUCGAACUAACCAAGUUUAUUGAUGUCGAAGCAUACACCCCCUUAUGGAUUCUGGCCAUAAUGCCAAUUUCGGCACUGUUCAUACUCUUUGAACUUGUUGUUCAUAACCCUAACCAUCCAGAAACGGAUAGUAAUCUAGCGCUCCUCGAUGUUGCAAGUGGGCAUUUCAGCCGUUUAGAAUACGAAAGCAAUGGCUCACUACCCGGCUCGCUCAUCGCUGAGUUCGCACACCUUGCUCGACAGCACGUACGUGAUGUCCAAGAACAGCAAAGAGAGAGCAGUACGAGGCGCCGUGUUUCAACAACGGAGCUCUCAAACCAGGAGAUGACUCUACCAAUCAUCCAACAAGGAGCAUACCUGCCAGGUACCAUGACUGAACACGACCCUCAACAAGGAUUAUUGCCGGUAGAAAGCGAUACACUGUUUUUUCCUAUUUUCGAUGAGCCCAGGUACCCUAAUCAAACUCUACCUUCGGGGAUUGAUAUCAUGGAUCUCUUUGAUUCGACAAUGCCCGUUUUCCCCUUCUUUUCUAAUGGCGAAUAAGAAUUCCAUAUUUCGAUGUACAAUACCAGUUACUUCGUACAAAUAGAC